ACACGAUUUCUGAGGAACAUCAUAACAAACUCUUGACUGAGCUAAUAAUUUUGUACCCUUUGAAAAAAUUUCCAAAAUCUGCAAAAUUGAACUUUUUUCUUUCUUUCUCCUCUUUGUUUAAUUUCUUCUUGAUUUAAAGUUCAAAAUUAAGCUCCUCAUUAUAGAAGCUGAACAAAGAGAUGGACUGAUCAUGGCUUUGAACAAUAAUGGAUUCAAAUUAUUUGCCUCCACUGUAUCAACUAUUCCCCUAGUGGUGCUGGCUUCAGGUAUUGUUCUAUACUUAACCUCAGUUUUCCUAUUCAAUGAUCCCAAUUGUUCAUCUCCUGAGCUCUUACAUUACACAAGAUUUACAACCUCACAAUUUGGUCAUGAUUCUAGUCCUACAAACCUUAGCCAUCUCCUUUUUGGACUUAUUGGCUCUGAAGAAGCAUGGCACUAUAGGAAACAAUACAUUGAAUCAUGGUGGAGGCCAAAUAAAACGCGUGGUUAUCUCUAUCUUGAUGUGGCUCCAAUCAAUGAUCUUUUGCCAUGGUCCUCAUCUUCCCCACCUUAUAGGGUAUCUGAUAACAUAAGUCAAUUAAUUGAAGAAACUAAACAUGUAGCGCCUACUAUGGCACGAAUGGUACAUGGGAUAGUGGAGGUAUUCAGGGAGGACCACGAAGGGGUGAGAUGGGUGGUUAUGGGAGAUGAUGAUUCAAUAUUUUUUGUGGAUAAUAUGGUAGAUGUUCUCUCGAGUUAUGACCACACGAAGUAUUACUAUUUGGGGGGUCAGUCAGAGUAUCUAUUGUCGAAUUAUUGGUACUCAUUUAAUCAAGCUUUUGGUGGAGCUGGAUUUAUUUUGAGUUACCCUUUGGCAAAAGCAAUGUCUAAGUAUGUAGAAAGUUGCUUGCGGAGAUACCCUUUCUUGAGAUCUGCUGAUCAAAUUACCAUGGUUUGCAUAUCUGAUGUUGGAGUCAUUUUUACUCCUCUUAAAGGUAGUCACCAGAUAGAUUUGCGCGGUGAUAUAUCUGGUUUCUUAUCGUCCCAUCCAAAAGCUCCAUUGAUGUCCCUUCACCAUCUAGAUGCUGCCGACCCUAUCUUCCCUUCAAUAGACAGACUUCAAUCCGCACGCCAUCUUAUGAAGGCAGCAAAUUUAGAUCAAUCUCGCAUGUUACAACAAGUUAUCUGCUACAACAGGCCUAGCAAUUGGUCAUUUUCUAUUUCAUGGGGUUACUCAGUGUAUAUCUAUGAGAACAUUUUGCCUAGGAGCCAUUUACAAUUACCAAUUGAAACAUUUCAACCUUGGGGAGUUACACCUAAAGACCCUCCAUAUUACUUGUUAAACACAAGGUGGCCUACAAACGAUUCUUGUGAAGCUCCUCAUGUUUUCUUCAUGGAAAAAGUAGAGAAAACAAAGAAAAAUGAAAUCCUUACUAUGUAUUCACGGUCACUGCCUCGAGGAUUGUUGGCAUGUUUAUACAGUGGUAACCAUUCUGCAGAUUAUAUCUCCAAGAUUGAAGUCUACUCUCCAAGAAGGAAACGAAAAGAGAUGGAUAGAUGUGAGUGUUGUGACGUGAUGUACAAAAAGGGCGCCAACAAGGCAAAGGUUAAACUCAGGGAAUGUCGUGUGGACGAGAUAAUUGCUUAGUGGAAUAUCAUUAACUUUUUUUAUAGGGUUUAGAUUUAUUAGUAUUAUAUUAGAUAAAAAUUAUUUUCACUCCUUAAUUUUACUUUAAAAAUCAAAUCUCCUUAAUUUUGAACAAUAAUUACAAUCUCCUUUGCAAUUUUCAUUUUAUUCUUCUAUAUUUAUGUAAUACCCCUUUAUAAUAUAUACAAUAUUCUUCCAGA